AAAUGAAAUUAUUUGCUAAUAAUCCCUCUAGAAUUCUACUCCAUAUCUUCAUAUCACCAACCCUUCUCUCACUACUCUUAUCUCUUCGUGCCACUCACUCCUAUAAAAAUACUAAGUCUACAUUUAUUUUCCAAAGUCCAAAAUCUUCCUAAGAUUCAUACAAAGCAAUCUUUUUGCCUCCCAACUACACAUUUUUCCAUAAAAUUCAAAACUUUGACAAAACCCACCUUCUUCAACUUCUCAAACUCAUUAUUUAGCCAUAAAUUCUCACUCACUUUCUAAAUUCCCCUGUUUUUCUCUGUUUUUCCUCUGUUUUUCUCUGUUUUCAUUGAUACACAAAACAAUGGCUGUUGAGCUUUUCACUGAAAAUCCUUCAAGUAGGGGAAUAAGUCCAAGAAUUUCAUUCUCACAUGACCUAAAAAACUCCGAAAUUACACCCAUUGAACCACAUAUACCAUUGAAAUCCUCUCUUCUUGAUUAUGAAUUCGAUUUCUGCGUUACGCGCCGAAGCUCUGAUCAAGAAGCUUCAUUAGCUGAUGAGUUGUUUGCAAAUGGUGUAAUUCUACCAAUUCAAAUCAAGAAAAGAAACAUACCCAUUAUGUCAAAAUCUCAAUCUUAUUCUCCAUCUUCAUCUUCAUCUUUCUUACCUCCAUUGCCACCACCUUCCUCUGUUCUUAAUAGCAAUCAAGAAACAGAGGAAAAACAGGGGAAUAACAGUAAUAACAGUAAGUCAUUUUGGACUUUUAAAAGGAGCAAAAGUUUGAAUUGUGGGAGUAUUUAUAAAAGAGGAUUAUGUCCUUUACCUCUUUUAUCAAGGAGUAAAUCAACUGGUUCAACAAUUAGUGCUAAAAGAUCAUUGAUUUCAAAGGAUGAAAAUCAUCAAAAUGUUAAUGGAAAACAGAAUUCUUUGAAGAAUUCAAAUCAUCAAAAACCUCCAUUGAAGAAAAAUUAUGGUGGUUCAUCAUUUAAUUCUGGGAUUAUGCAAGUUAAUCCAAUUCUUAAUGUUCCAACUGGGAAAGUUUUUGGGUUUGGUUCAAUUUUCUCUACUGGCAAAGAUAAAAACAGGAAGAAAUGAUUCUAAUUUCUAAAGUUCUUUUCUUUGAUAAGUUGAAAAUAAGUUUGCUAACUUGUUUGAUAAUUUUUCAAUUGUUUACAUUUUUUUGGUUUUGUAAUUUGAGUGUAAUAAUUUAAAUAUAAUAGCAUGUGAAUUAGGUUAGAAAAGGAAGGUAGAAUGAGGAGAUGUGUUGAAAUAAAACAUCCCACAUGGAAUGGAGCACAAAGGGACAAAGUAGCUAAUUGCUUCAUUGCUGGAUAUCUUCCCCCUUUUCUGUUCUUUAUCUUUUGGAUAUUUUUGCAUACUCUGAUAAAUAUGGGAGUAUAUAUAUUAUAUAUUUGGCCCUCUUGGUUUUA